UCUCCGGCUAGCGUGGCGGACCGAGAUUUUCCUGCCAGAGGCCGCAGCAAGCCCGCGCGAAGGGGCGCGGGCGAGGGCGGGGCUUAGUGAAAGUCCAGGGGUCCCGGAACCUGGCGGGCGCGAUCUCUCAGUUUUGUGGAACCUGCGGCGCCUUGCCGGCCAGCAGAAUGGAGAGUAGGUGCUACGGCUGCGCUGUCAAGUUUACCCUCUUCAAGAAGGAGUAUGGCUGUAAAAACUGUGGCCGGGCCUUCUGUUCUGGCUGCCUUAGCUUCAGUGCAGUGGUGCCCCGGACUGGGAAUACCCAACAGAAAGUCUGCAAGCAGUGCCACGAGGUCCUGACCAGAGGAUCUUCUCCUGCCAAUGCCUCCACGUGGUCGCCACCUCAGAACUAUAAGAAGCGUGUGGCUGCCUUGGAAGCCAAGCAGAAGCCCAGCACUGUCCAGAGCCAGGGACUGAUCCAACAAGACCAAGUCAUUGCUGAGCGCCUAGCACGGCUCCGCCAGCAGAACAGGCCCAAGUCAGUGGCCUCACAGGAGGAGAUAGAAGCCAGGCUAGCUGCGCUGAGGGAUGAACUCCGGGGUUCCAUCCCUUCCACCCAGGAGAUGGAGACACGGCUUGCUGCACUGCAGGGCAGAGUUCCGCCUUCCCAGACCCCCAAGCCUGCACAUCAGCCACCAGACACGAGGACCCAAGCCCAACAGGUACAGGAUCUGCUGACACAGCUGGCAGCAGAGGUGGUUAUUGAUGAGAGCCGGCAACGAGGAGGCCCAGCCGCCUCUGUCCAGAAUGACCUCAACCAAGGUGGCCCAGGAGGCCAGAGCGCUAAUUCCAAGGGGCAGGCCACCUGGUCCCUGGAAGAGGAGAAGAGCAGGCUGCUGGCUGAGGCAGCGGUCGAGCUGCGGGAAGAGAACACGAGGCAGGAGAGGAUCCUGGCCCUCGCCAAGCGCCUGGCUGUGCUUCGGGGCCAGGACCCUGAUAAAGUGACCCUCCAGGACUAUCACCUCCCAGACAGUGAUGAUGAUGAGGAUGAGGAGACAGCCAUCCAGAGAGUCCUGCAGCAGCUCACGGAAGAAGCUGCCCUGGAUGAGGCAAGUGGCUUUAACAUCCCUGUGGAGCCCGCUCUCCGAGCCCGGGCCCAGUCCUGCAGGGCAGAGCCUGAGGCCCAGGCCAUGGCCGCCAGGCCGGAGGCUGAGGAAGAGGAGCUCCCCUGGUGCUGCAUCUGCAAUGAAGAUGCCGUCUUGCGCUGCACUGGUUGUGACGGGGACCUCUACUGCACCCGCUGCUUCCGGGAAGGCCACGAUGCCUUUGAAAUUAAAGAGCACCAGACGUCUCCCUACCGCCCACCGCGCUCAGGCCAAGAGCACUGAGGAAACCAGGCAGGCAAGCCCACCUCUGGGCCCAGCCUCAGGGCGCCCAGUGGGAGAGUGAGUCAGCCUACACUGCUCGUGGAUGCACCCUUUCCUGAGCCUCGGUGUCCCUGGAAGGAAGGAAGAACUCUCCAUUCGAGAUGAUAACGGGGGGGAGCCAGAGCAAAGGCAGAAGUCAGCCUGCCAACAGCCAAGCCUGGACUGGGAAUGAGGUGUGGUGGGGAAAAGACGAUAGUGAAUCUAAGCAUGAUGAGCCUUGAAACUUGCUCAAGGGCCCAGGGCCCUUCCCUGGCACUUAGUGGAUCUAAUAAAAAAAUGUUGAUGUCUUAA